AAUAACCGCAUGUGGCACCAGCACCAGGCGUUCUUCGACAAUCACUGCAACAAUUCAACCACGGUUCAUCUCGUCUUGCCUGUCCUUCCUUUAGGAUCUCCUCUCCUCUCUUUCGCCUCCAGUAAAUUCAUUGCAAGAUCUAUCUCUGGCAUCAACCUUGAUAGACAGUUUGCCGUUGCUGUGAACGGCGCAACACCCCAGUCAUGGAGACAUUCGAGAACACCUUUCUUGACCUCAGCAAGCAAUCUGGAAGAUGUAGGCUGGCGGAAUCCGGUCUCGGCUGGAAACCCAGUGGCGGCAGCGAACCCUUCACAUUGGACAGCAAUCAGAUCGGCGCGGCACAAUGGAGCAGAGCGUCGAAAGGCUACGAGAUCAAGAUUAUCACACGCGACUCCAAAGUCAUUCAACUCGACGGCUUUGACCAAGAGGACUUCGACCGUGCCGCAAAAGCGUUCAAGAUCUGGUACGGCAUCAAUCUAGAAAACAAAGAGCAUGCGUUACGAGGUUGGAACUGGGGUAAAGCCGAGUUUGGCAGAGCAGAGCUAGCGUUCAAUGUUCAGAACAGACCCGCAUUCGAGAUACCCUAUUCAGAGAUUUCCAACACGAAUCUGGCGGGCAAGAACGAGAUUGCGGUCGAAUUCAACCUGUCGGAGCCAACACAAAAUGGCACGAAUGGUCAGAAAGCGGGAACGACAAAGAACCGAGGACGCAAAGCCGCUGCAGGUCGGGACGAAUUGGUGGAGAUGCGAUUCUACAUCCCUGGGACUGUAUCAGCCAAAAAGGAGGUCAAUGGCGAGGAGGGCAGUGGUGCCGACGAAGAAGACCAGGAAGAAGAGGAACAAAAUGCCGCCAACCUGUUUUACGAGACCUUGAUUGACAAGGCAGAGAUUGGGGAAGUUGCGGGUGCCACCUUUGCCACGUUUCAGGACAUCUUGCAUCUUACACCCAGAGGUCGUUUCGAUAUCGACAUGUACGAAAACUCCUUCCGACUGCGCGGCAAGACAUACGACUACAAGAUCCAGUACCAAUCCAUCAAGAAAUUCUUCAUUCUACCAAAGAACGACGAGAUGCACACUCUUAUCACGCUCGGACUCGAUCCUCCUCUACGACAAGGUCAAACGAGAUAUCCCUUCAUUGUCAUGCAACUAAAACUGGACGACGAAGUCAACUUGGAUCUCAACAUGACAGAAGAGCUGCUCGAGACAAAGUACAAGGACAAGCUGGAUUCACACUACGAAGCUCCCAUUCACCACGUCAUUGCCAAGGUCUUCAAGGGACUGUCCGGUAAGAAGAUCAUCAUGCCUUCCAAGGACUUUGUUAGCCAUCACAACAUGAAUGGGGUUAAGUGCUCCAUCAAAGCCAAUGAAGGUCUCCUCUUCUGCUUGGACAAGAGUUUCAUGUUCGUGCCGAAACCUGCCACAUACAUCCAGAUCGAAUCGAUAGCAAGCAUCACCAUGUCGAGAGUUGGAGGUGCUUUGGCAGCAAGCAGGACGUUUGAUAUUACCAUGACGCUUAAGGGUGGUCAAGGUGAGCAUCAAUUCAGCAACAUCAACCGUGAGGAGCAGCAGCCUCUGGAGGCAUUCUUCCAGGCCAAAGGUAUCCGCUUCAAGAACGAGAUGCUGGACGAAUCAUCAAACCUACUCAAGGCUGCUAUGGAGAACCAGCUUGCCUCGUCGGACGACGAAGACGACGCGGGCGUCAACCGCGGUUCAGCAGACGAAGAUGAUGAAUCGCCGGAUGAGGAUUUCCAGGCCGAUUCCGACAGUGAUGUUGCUGAGGAGUUCGAUUCGGAUCAUGAUAGCAGUGGUAGCGAUGCUGGAAGUGAUGCAGAGAUGGCUGAUGCUGAUGACGACGAUGGUGCCAACGGUGUCAGCGAGGUCGAAGAGGAGCGGCCAAAGAAGAAGGCCAAGAAGUAAAGUCUUGAUUGUCCUACAUUCAUGCUUCCUUAGAUGCUUCCGGAAGGCGACAUGUGACCUUGCUGGCGACGUGAUGGACGCCGAACAGCGCCGAGCAUUUUUGCUGUAAGAAUAAUAUAACUUCUACGACCGCACGAAUUUUCCAUAUUCUUUCU